CGACGCGCCACCAGCAGUUUCCAUGACUCGUCGCGCGUGUUUACGCCGAAAUUCGCGUGCGUAAUGUCGUAAAUAUACCCGAAGAAGGGGCGAUCGCCGCGAAGGCGAGCGAGAUAAGAACACAGCUGUCAAAGUCGCUCCUGUCAAAAACCCGCAAGGUCGCUUCCAAAACGCCGUGGAGCACUCGAGGCGGAGGAACUCGUCGCGACGAGUUCCAACGUGACGAGGACCAAGAGUAGUAGAGUAGAAGCCAGCGCGCAGCGUAAGGGAGGCUUGAGGAGGGAGAAGCGAAGGACCGAUCAGCUGAUCGGGCCGAGCGAGCAGCGACAGGACGGGACCUGUCGGUCGGCCGAUCGGAUUGGAUUCGGGAAAACGGGUAGUAGUGGUAGUAGCCAGUUGACGGGUGUGCGUGUGUGUAUGUGUGUAUGUGUGUGUACAUGUGUACAUUAUACAUUAUAUAUACAUAUACGUCGUCGUCGUCGUCGUCGUCGUGGCGUUCCUGACGUAUCAUCACCCUGUAUUCGCGUGAAGCUGCUGGCGAGGAUUGUCCUCUCGCGACACUCGUCUCCUCUCGGCGAGGAGGAGCUAACGCGUCCGUCUCUUCGAAGAGGGGAAGACGCGAGAACCGGUUGGAUCCUCGUACAAAGUAAACAGAAGGAGGAAGAGGAGGAAGUGCAGCGCACUCUCUCUUUUUUUCUCUCUCGCUCGUGUCUUCUUUCAAGCAGGGGCUGGUCGAAGGGAGGAUAUGCCGACCAUCUCGAAGUUGUUGGGAGGCAGGAAAGGUCAGGACCGGCCGCGGCCUGCGGUCGAGGAAGACGAAGACGGUCGCGUGAAGUAUCGCGCCGCCAGCCUCAGACGACGUCGUCGACGUCUUCGACAGUCGUGCGAGGGUGGUUCGGAUCGAGUGGGAAGAGGUAAAAGUGGUGGACGAAGCAAGGGUAGCAAAAGCAGGGAGAAGACGUCUGGGAAGAGCCAGGAACAGGAGAUGACAGCGCAUCAUCCGUCCGAGAGCAGUGUCCUGUCAUACGUCUUCGCGCGACAGAUCGACAACAGGUUCGACUACUGUCGACGUCUGGUCAGCGCGAGAUUCGAGAAGUCCGAGAAUCUUUACAGGAAGGACCUGCUGUCCCACUACGGAUGCGUCAACGCGAUCGAGUUCUCCAAUCAGGGCGACCUCCUAGUGUCCGGAGGUGAUGACAGAAGGGUUCUGUUAUGGAAAGUGGAGCAAGCGAUACAGGAUAUUGGCAAGCCCACUGUAAUGAAGGGUCAGCACGUCAGCAAUAUAUUUUGCCUGGGUUACGACAGCAGUAAAACUAAGAUAUUCUCCGCGGGGAAUGACGAUCAAGUCAUAGUCCACGAUCUGCGAACGAGCGACGCGCUCAAUUUCUUCCUGCACGAAAAACCAGUCUAUGGAUUGUCGAUUCAUCCACACAACGACGACAUCUUUGCCAGCGCCUGCGACGACGGGAGAGUUCUGAUCUACGACAUACGUACGAGCACUACAGAAACUUCCUGCCUGGCGCAGUACAAGAGCGCGUUUCACUCUGUCAUGUUUAAUCCUGUGGAUGCUAGAAUGCUUGCUACUGCCAACGCUAAGGAGGGUGUCAGUAUGUGGGAUGUACGAAAACCUUUGGAGCCUGUAUUGUGCUAUGGAAGUCCGCAACAGAGUUGCAUGAAUGUCAGGUUCAAUUCGGUAGGCAAUCGACUACUGGCCUUAAGAAGGAGACUACCGCCGGUUCUGUACGCAGUCGAUUCUCCAACAUAUUUAUGCGAAUUCGAUCACGCAGGAUACUACAACAGUUGUACCAUGAAGUCUUGCUGUUUUGCUGGCGAAAACGAUGAAUAUGUCCUGUCAGGUUCGGAUGACUUCAACUUGUACAUGUGGAAAAUCCCGCCGAUGGACGGAAAACCGUGGGUGGAGUCCGCCCACAUGGUGUUGCGGGGUCACAGAUCGAUCGUCAAUCAAGUCCGGUACAAUCAGGCGAGCUGCAUCUUCGCAUCGUCCGGCGUCGAAAAGAUCAUCAAGAUCUGGAGCCCGUUUCCACUCGGGAAAGAGUGUCUGGGAGGAUUGAAGAGAGAUGCUGGUAAGCGGGAAAGACAACGCCGAGUGUUCACGCACGACGAGUAUAUUGGAUUGGUUCUGCGAAGCGGACAGUUCAUGACGCACGAUUACAGCCACCAAUCGACCAAGGAGGAUCCGCGAAUGAUGGCCUUCUUCGAUUCUCUUGUACAGCGGGAAAUUGAAGGCUGGAGUUCCGAGGAUGUGCCAACUCCGCAUACGCCUAGCGACCCCGAGAUCGAUCCUGCAACCGGCGAACCUUACAGCGCGACAGAUUUCGAUGCAGAUACUACAGGGUCGGAAGGCGGCGUGGCUCCCGAUCGUCCGUCGGAGUCGCCGAAUCGCAUAACUCGGCUCAUCGCAAAUCGUCGAGAGAAGAUGAUGCGAAUGGCGAGGCAUCUAGAGAGAUCAGCCUCGGAUUCCGGCAGCGAGGACAACAACGAUCACGCGAGACGAUCGAAGAUGAAAUCAAAAUCGAAAGACGUGAAGAGGACGACGCAUGCCAAACUGUCAGCCGACAGGAGAAGGAUAUCCGCCAGGAGAAAGUGUACCGUGUUAAAGGUCAAUAGUGAUUCGGAAAGUGAAGACGACGGACCGGUCGACGCGGCGCAACCCAGCACCAGCUCCGGCGUCAUCUCCCGGAGAUCGCGAUACGUCGCCAACGCGCUUGAGAAAGACGACAAGCAACGCUCGAGUUACAGCAGCAGCAGCAACAACUGUAACAACAGCAACAAUAGCGACACCAGCAGCAGUGGCAGCAAUAACGGCAGCAACAGCGGCAGCAACAGCAGUUCCGAGGAGAAUAACGUCCUUGGGACGAAGCGAAAACAUUCUAAAAGCGAUUCAGACGCGUCGACCGCGAAGGUGCAGCGACGAAAGCAUCGUAAGUGUAAAAACAACGCGGCUACCCGGCAUGAGAACUGUUCCGGCAAGAGUCAGAGCAAGCGACAGAAGCUCGAGGACGAGUCGGACAAGAAAAGAACCGGUGCUACGGAUUCCGAUUGGUUCAAGAACUGCGUGAACGGUAAUGCCGAUAAGGACGGGCCGUCGACGCCGAACAGCAAGUCCCUUCAAGUUCAUUGCACCUUCGAUUCCUUCAAGUCGGGUAUCUCCAGUACAGGUGACCGUUCCGGUCUCUGUUCCAGCGAGCGAACACGUAACAAGGGAGGAAACGACGAUGUCGCGGACGAUACGAGCUUCGAUCGCGAGCAAAAACUGAAAAGGUUCGAGAGUAUCCGGAAGCAGGUGGAGGAGCUGGCGAGGAGGCGCUUCGGCAAUCGAUCCCUGCAGCAGAAGCAGAAGCAGCUGUCCCAAACGUUGAGCACAAGCGACUCUUCCGAUUAAAAGCGCUCUCGUUUCGCUCCCUCUCUCUCUCUCUCUCUUUCUCUCUUGCUCCCUUGUUUCCAGUUCCUUUCGGAUUUCCUCCGCUACAUCCUUCUCUCCAUUUGUACAUAAUAUAAUCUGUGAUUCCUUGAGGUAUAUUUUUAUAACAUUAAGUUGAUUACAUGCGAAUCAUGCGAUCGAUUUAUUUCUUUCGAUUCUAUCUUGUUCGUCUGUAUCUUCGAUCCCGCUCGUCGUAAAUGUACAUGUACGUAUUUCCUCGUUGCAUCUCGAAGAUUCUUUCAUUUCAUCAUCGAGCCUUGCCUGGAGGAGUUUUAAAGCCCUUUUGGAUUCUCAAUGCGGUCAUGUUAGAUUGUGACGUCAGAGAAAGCACACGCUGAAAGUUCUUAGA